AUGUUUAGAAGUAUAUCCAAGAGGUCCAGCAACACUCUUUUCAAGGGAGCCCAAAGAGGAUUCCACGAGGUUCCUAAAUUGAAGAAUCAAGAUCUUUAUUUGCAAAGAGGUAUCGAAGGAUUAUAUACUCCAAAAGGUUUUAAAUCAGCAUGGUUAGAUUAUCAAAAAUAUUUAACUUUAAACUUAUCGUUACAUACAAGCGGUACUGAAAGUGAGUUGAAAACCCCAUAUCAAAUCUUGUUAUAUACUGCUAAAAUGACCACUGAACAACAUAUCUUUCAUUAUGCUUCUCAAGCUCAUAAUAAUCAUUUUGUAUUUGAACAAUUUGCUGAUAAAUCCGAGGCUUCUAAGACUCAACCAUCUAAAUUAUUAUUAGAAAAAUUAGCGGAUAUUGAUUUCCCAACUAUAGAGGCAUUCCGUGAUGAAUUUUUAUUGAUUGCAGAUUCGUCUUUUGGACAAGGAUGGGUAUUUUUAGUUGAAUCUGCUGAUAAAAGUUUGAGAAUUGUUAAAUGUAAUAACGAUGGUACUCCAUAUUACUAUGGUAAGAACCAAUCAUUAGAUUUCAAUGGUAGUGCCGAUGAAGCAAGUUAUGAAUAUUUGAAUGGAUUAAAAGAACUUGCAGCCCAAGAUCAAAAAGAUUUCUCAUUGCCAAUUUUAGGUAUUAACUUAUGGGAUACUGCUUUCAUUGAAGACUAUGGGGCUACAGGUAAAGCCGAGUAUUUGGAAAAUGCCUGGAAAUCUAUUAACUGGAAUGUUGUUAAUAAGAGAUUAUUCCAAAUUUAA